GGGCCGCGCGGGACAACGCCGAUGUCACUCGUCUCCUCUCACCUCCUCGAAGGGGGAAACCACGCGGUGACUCAGAGCUCAAGACGUUCUUCGCGUGCGGCCGCGCGACUUCACAACUUGACUCAGCGGGCACGCACACGACGUAAACAACAACAACACCAACGACGACGACCGCAGUGCUGUUUCGAUUGAACGGUCUGAGGAGAGCGCUGACUCUGGAGAAGAAGAAUCGUGCUCGCGUCGGAUGAGGUCACCGAGGAGGGCACGGAGCGAGUGCAGCGGCGGCAGCGGGGCAGCCUGCGGCGGCGUUUUUAUCUGAGGAAUGUUGUGGCGGUGCGGCACUUUUCUUCCCGGCGGCGGUCGGUGUUGGGGUAACUACCGCGGCCGGAACUGCGUCAGCUAUCGCGCGUCUGGCGAUCCGAUAGCGGACAGAGCCCAUGGCGACUGCGUUGGGUUUCUCUCCUGGCGAGCACUGCGGCCGAUGUGAGCCGCCGGCGGCCUGGUCGCCCGCUGCGGUUCUUCUGCUCCUGCUGCCAUGAGGAUCUUGCGUCGGCUCCGGAUGAGCGAUGGGCGGCGAAGUCAGGUGGUUCUCCUGGAUGAGCGUCGUCUGGACAUCCUCAUUCAGCCGAGGCUUUAUGCCUGUGAUCUCUUGGACAUGGUUGCUUCUCAUUUUAAUCUCAAGGAGAAGGAGUACUUUGGAUUGGCCUUCCUUGAUGAGACGGGUCAUUACCACUGGCUGCAACUCGACAAGAGGGUCCUCGAGCACGACCUGCCAAAAAAGUCCUCUCAGGGAGUCCUGGUGCUGUACUUUCUGGUCAAAUACUAUGUGGAGAGCAUAUCUCUUCUAAAAGACAGUGCCACAGUGGAGGCAUUCUACCUACAGUGCAAGUCCCUCAUUGCAAAGGGUUCAUUAGAAGUCGAUUCUGAAACUGUGUUUCAACUCGCAGCUCUAGUCCUUCAAGCAACAUAUGGAAACUAUGUAGAUGACCAAACAACGAAAAACUAUCUCAAGAAGCUUCCUGUCCUCCCCACAAGCACACUCAAGGAACAUCCGUCCAUUUCCUUCUGUGAGGGCAAAGUGAUUGAGCAGUACCAGGAACUUGCCGGGCGUUCCAGGGGAUCAUCGAUCAUCUCGUACAUGAACCUUGUUGAGACGAUGCCGACCUAUGGCAUUCACUUCUACGAAGUGAAGGACAAGGGAGGAAUACCGUGGUGGGUUGGUCUCAGCUGUCGGGGAGUGAGCCAGUACGACUACACGGACAAGAAGAUACCACGCAAGUUCUUCCAAUGGAAGCUCCUGGAAAACCUGUAUUUCCGAGACAAGAAGUUCUCCAUCGAGGUACACAAUCCCAGGAGAGUGGUCCAUGCCCUGAGCAGUUUCAAUGUGUACGAGGAUGUGAUAGAAGCCCCCCCCGAAGUGUUUGACCCUUUGGCAGACGCCAUUAGUGACUCCACAACCCAGGUGUCUGUGAGCAGGAGAACCUUUGGUCCCGGCAACGUCACCGUUCUCGUCUGGUUCGCCGCGACGCCCUCCUUAACCAAGAGCAUAUGGUCCAUGGCAAUAGCGCAGCACCAGUUCUACUUGGAUAACAAUGUUGGCAAGAGGAAGAUCGAGGACGUCGGCACGCUGGACAAAUUUGCAGCGGAGCUGUCCAAAAGCUCCCAGUCCCUGUCUUCGGCGAGCACCGGGUCGAACUUGAGCCGCAGUGCCAGCUGCCACAGCCUCCCCGCAAUCAAAAUAGAAGACCAUGUGAACGAGGAGACGCAGGCAGCCAAGCAGGAGAUGCUGCUGGCGCUGAAGGCUCGCAAGGAGGCCCUAGAGGAUGCGCUGCGCAAGAAGCUGGAGGAGCUGAAGACACUCUGCCUUCGGGAAGGCGAGGUGACCGGGGAGCUUCCCCCUGAGAUGCCCCUGGCUCCGGGCGAGAGCCUGCCCCAGGUGCGCAGGCGCGUCGGCACCGCCUUCAUCCUCGACGACCAACUGCUCUCCAAGGGAAAGGAGGAGGCCUUGUCAAACUUGGAGUUGGAAUACGAGCUUCAAAACAAAAUAACCAGUGCUGCCUUGAGACUGGCCAAUGACAUGAGCGCUGACAAGAGCUUGCGGCGACAACGCAAGAUAGGCUACCAACAAGCCCAAGAGAAGCUUAAAAAGGUGGAAGAAAAACUUGGCACCCUGAAAAAGCAGACAAAACAUGGCAAGCCAAGGGUCAUACAACAAUCCGAUGAUGAGCCUAGUGAAGAUAAUAUCAGUGAAAGCACCGGGGGAAGUGAUACACCGUUCCGAGAAAGCGGCAAUCUGUCGGACGUGAGCCCAGCCAUGUCUCCCAAACCUCGUAAAUACGAUGACAGCUUGGCUGAGAAGUGCAGCCGCCUGCCCUCGGUGAGCUCGGUGCCGGCAGAGCUGUGCCUCCAGCCGAGCCCGUCGUCGGUGUCUGCCCCGGCCAGCCCCAGCAAGCCCAGAGGCUCUCACCACCGCGUGCCGUGCGGCGUUUCACCCGUCGUCUGCCAGGGCUGGAGCGGCUAUGCCCCCAGCGCGGUGUACCAGACGCGCACGACGUACCGCAGGCAGCAGUACCCGACGCUCACCACUUCCAGCUCUGGAGGCUCUAGCCCCGUGCCCAUGAGGACGCCUUACAAGAAUCGGUUCGAGUCCACCCUGAGCAUAGAGGGCAGCAACCUGUACAGCGUUCCGACGCAGCGAACUAGCCAGGCCUUCGACAGCCAGGACGAUUUGGUCGCCAAUGCCCCCCCGGAGCCGCAAGACCUGGGCCUGGUGUCUCGGCACAACAGCCUCGAAAGCAACCGCAGGCACAGCAGGCGCACCAAGGGCACUUCCGCACCCUCCCCGAGCCACCCCAAAAGGGAAAGCCACCCCUCCGCACCCCCGGCGUCAUCUGCCGUGCAAAACCUUCCGGGGUGGACCAGCCCUUCGCCGUCCCUUCGCUCCCCGGCCUCCUCGACGGAGAGGGCGGAUGCCCGCGUCCCUCCCCACAUCCACCAGCCAUACUGCACGGCGUCUCCGUCGCAGCAGCGGCGACUCGUGUCAGCUUCAGCCUCGUACCCGGACGGAUUCGUCGUGAGCGACCCAAGGGGCUUUCCCGCCGCGUACGGGGGCGGCGGUGGCUCCAACUUCCCUCCGAAGGCGCACUCCUACCACGAGAACAUGGUGCGGCACGUGGACGAAUCGGGUGUCCCCGUGUUCGUGCCCCUGGACGAAGACGGCAAGCCGCGCCUGCACGAAGCGGUGCACCGCCCCGUGGAGACGGUGUUCCAUAAGCCACCGCUGGCGGCCGCACUCCUACACCACCACCAGCUGCACAGGAAGAAGCUACAGGAGGUGUGCAGUGGCGAGGGAUUCCUGGGUGGCAGGUUGCCGUCGUUGUCUGGCUUGGGACUCCCGUCGCACGCAAAGGCGUCCCACGUCGAGCCGUUCUCGAGCCAACCGACCAGUCCCACCGGCUACGGCGCUUCCGUCCAUUCUGCCAAACUGGAGACUCUGCAGGAGGGGUUGUGUGGCCCCUACAACAGCCAGUACCUGACCAUGUGCAUCUCGUCGUCGAAGACGUUUUCGUCGACGGCGCAGUCGUACAGCACAGAGAGUCUGAAGCAGCGGACGAAGGACUGGGUGGAAACUUCGCUCGACUCUCCGGUUACAGCUAGGAAGGCGACGGCGAAGCACCGGGAGCCGUCACUCGCGAGCAACUCUCCCGCUCCCGUUGUUGCCGACGAAAGUGUGUCUUUACAGACGGCGCCGGCGCAUCGGCCGGAACGCCGCGAAAUGCCGAGUGACGACGCUCCGCCUAGCAUCGUUACGGAGCAGGACUCCGCCCGCUCGCCCGUGCCGCUGCCGUCGAGUCCGAAGCAGGUUCCUCCGGGCGUGGAAAUGAACAUUGUGACAAUGGGUCACUUUCAGCCGUACUGGGAGGAGACCAAGCCGUAUGAGAUGGCAGACUUCUACAAGUACAGCACCAAGCACCGCAAGCCUUCGGGUGGCCGGGAUUCUCGGGAGGCCGGGCCGCUGUCUCCAGUGGCGUACGACGGGGAAUCUCGAGACUGCACGACCGGGACGGAACGUGCGAAGAUGGCGGAGAGGAGUCCUCCAGAUGGCAUGGCGGAUGUGGAGGAACGCCACCCAAACAGUAGCGCAGACACUAGCCUGAACCUGAACCGGUCCUCGGUCGCCGACGCGUUUCACGAGGAGAUGAUUGCAUGGUACGAGGACCAAGAUGCUGGCAACAAGGCAACGCUGGUCUGAGCCGGGGGAGGCCUCCCAUUACCCUGCAGGUGCUACGCCAGGAACAAAAGUUGAGUGCUCACAGCAUCGUAGACCUUCAAAGCCAGGAGCAUUUUUAGAAACAACCUUGUAUAUAAUAUUUUAUGAAAAGUAUUUAUUUCGGGCAUCAUCAUUUUAUAUAAAUAAAUGUUUUAUUCUUUGUAA